UUAAAACGUCAGGCUAAAAUUAAAUUUACCUUGCUCUUGCCUUGAGCGAGUGAAUUGUUAUUAAAGAUUAUAAUAUUUAGACGGUAUGUUUAUUUCUAGUUCAACGCAUUAGAAUAUAAUAACAAUAAUUAUAGUUAAAUAAUUCGUUUAUUGAUGCAGUGCGUAGUGAAACCUAUAAAAUAGAACAUGUUUCAAGAGAAAGUAUAAGUCCAAUAGUGUUUCAACAUCACCUUUGUUUUUGUUAAAUAAGAUUUAACAAUAGCGAUGGCAAUUAGUAUUUAAAUAUUUCUUUCCAGUUUUUGAUGAACUUCAAGUCAUGACACAUUACUGGUGGAUGCAUUGGUUCUGGAUAACUUUUUGUCUGUGUGAAUUUGUUUUUGUUGCAUUUGGUCAUACAUUGCUGACAACUUUACAUUCCACCCCAACAACUGAAAACGUGACUCCAACAGUAGAAGAUGUUUCACAUACAGAUACAGCUGGAACAAAUGCCACUUCAAAUCCGCCCAAAGCUGUUACUUCUUUAGUUGUAAAGAACUCUUCCACGUACCCAAAGAGCAUGAAGCCAUGGCAAUUUUCAAAGAAAUUAAAUAUUCUUCCUUUGCAACCUCCAAACGAAAGCAAUUUAAAUAAUAUUAAUAAUCAGAAUAAAACAGAUGUAGCUGUGAUAAAUCAAAAUCUCACGGAUUCCAAUUUAAAUGUUAACGCCACUGGAUACAUUUUUAACAACAACACUAACAUGUCUUCAACUAAUCAAACUGGGAAUAGCACCUAUCUUGAAGAAGAGGUGAAUUUCAACCAUAGCUAUGUUCACUCAGACAGUAUUGAUAUAGAAGAAAAGGAGAUUGAUCUGGAUACUUCUACUGGGAAUUUGUCAGCUGCUGGUAUCACUGGUAUUACAUUGGGUUGCAUUAUAGUGGUGGGCAUGAUAUGUGGAGUCAGUUUCUUCAUUUAUCAGAACCAAGGUUUCAAUAGGCCUCAAGUGCUUAAUGACAGAUGUAGUAACCCUGAUUCAAGCGGAUAUAUUGAUGAUGCUUCAGAUAAUUCAGAAGAAAUGUACAGCCUGGACAAUGAUUCAUUCUUAAACAGCUUAGAAGCAAUGACAAUUCAAAACUACUGGACAGAUGUUAAGCAUACAAAGCUGUAAAUAGUUGUUUCUUUCAUGUAAAUAAGUAUUUUAGAAUCUGUGAUGCAUAUCAGUAAUAGGUUUUUGCUAGUAGGUUAGGUUUUGCAUUUUUUUUUACUUUUUAUCAAUUUACAAACAAGUUGUGAAUUUUAAAAUUUCUAUUUAUUUUCAAAAUGUGAUAUGUUACAUGCCCUAUUGGUUUUUAUAUUGCAGCUAUAUGUUCUGCAAAUAUGUGAUGCCUUCUAUAUAUCUUUUUUACUCUUUUGUACACUGAUUUAUUUUAUUUUUAUUUAAUGUCUCUUUAAGUACAAAUUUAUACAAGUACUGUCUCUAUCAUUCCCUUUUUUACUUGUUAUUUAUACAGAUCCUUUAUUUUUUUUCUAAAAAAUAUACAAGUUGUUUAAUCGUUAA